AUUGUUUGUCAUUAUACAGAAAAACCAAAAGCUCAAUCGUCUGUACGGCCUGAUGAACAUGUAUUCAGAGGAGAAACUGUCACUCUCACAUGUGUCAUCAAUGGAGGAGGAGUCACUAGCUGGCAGUACAGAUGGAAUAAAGAUUCAGUCAUACAGCAGAAUAAACAACAGAAAUACACAAUCAGUUCUGUUGUUGAGUCUGACGCAGGUAAAUACACCUGUAGAGGAACAGAGAUCAGAGGAUCAUCAGACACCAGUGAUGCAGUUACACUGACAGUAUCAGAUAAACCCAAACCAUCUCUGACUGUUCAGCCUCAGAGUUCUGUGUUCACUGGAGACAAAAUUACUCUGAUCUGUGAUGUGAAUCAGUCCUCUGGAUGGGUGUUUAUCUUUCUCACACCCUCACGCCAGGAAUACACUGAACCUUCAGGAACUAAAACAAUCAGUUCUGUGCGAGUCUCUGAUGGAGGAAAGUACUGGUGCAGAGCCAGAAGAGGAGAAAAUCCCCCGUAUGACACAUAUUACAGUAACUCAGUAACACUGACAGUAGAAGAAAGACCAAAAGCUCAAGUGUCUGUACGACCUGAUGAACAUGUAUUCAGAGGAGAAACUGUCACUCUCACAUGUGUCAUCAAUGGAGGAGGAGUCACUAGCUGGCAGUACAGAUGGUAUAAAGAUUCAAUCUAUUACACUUACAGUUAUCAACAGAAAUACACAAUCAGUUCUGUUGUUGAGUCUGACGCAGGUAAAUACACCUGUAGAGGAACAGAGAUCAGAGGAUCAUCAGACAUCAGUGAUGAGGUUACACUGACAGUAUCAGAUUUUCUCAAACCAACUCUGACCAUUCGGCCACAGUCUGUGUUCACUGGAGACACAUUAACUCUGAUCUGUGAUGUGAAUCAGUCCUCUGGAUGGGAGUUUGUCUUCAGCAAACCUCCAAACUCUGGAUACUAUGAACCUUCAGGAACUAAAACAAUCAGUUAUGUGCGAGUCUCUGAUGGAGGAGAAUACAAGUGCAGAGCCAGAAGAGGAAACUAUGACACAUAUUACAGUAAUACAAUAACAGUGACAAUAGAGAAAAGACCAAAAGCUCAAGUGUCUGUACGGCCUGAUGAACAUGUAUUCAGUGGAGAAACUGUCACUCUCACAUGUGUCAUCAAUGGAAAAACAUCAGUCAAUAACUGGCAGUACAGAUGGUAUAAAGAUUCAAUCUAUUACACUUACAGUUAUCAACAGAAAUACACAAUCAGUUCUGUUAGUGAGUCUGACGCAGGUAAAUACACCUGUGAAGGAACAGAGAUCAGAGGAUCAUCAGACACCAGUGAUGAAGUUACACUGACAGUAUCAGAUAAACCCAAACCAUCUCUGACUGUUCAGCCUCAGAGUUCUGUGUUCACUGGAGACUCAGUUACUCUGACCUGUGAUGUGAAUCAGUCCACUGGAUGGGAGUUUCUCUUUAUCACACCUUCAAACCGUGAAAACUAUGAAGAUUCAAAAACUAAAACAAUCGUCUCUGUGGGACUCGGUCAUGGAGGAGAGCACAAGUGCAGAGCCAGAAGAGGAAACUAUGACUCACAUGACAGUGACCCAAGAACAGUGACAGUAGAGAAAAGACCAAAAGCUCAAGUGUCUGUACGGCCUGAUGAACAUGUAUUCAGAGGAGAAACUGUCACUCUCACAUGUGUCAUCAAUGGAGGAGGAGUCACUAGCUGGCAGUACAGAUGGAAUAAAGAUUCAGUCAUACAGCAGAAUAAACAACAGAAAUACACAAUCAGUUCUGUUGUUGAGUCUGACGCAGGUAAAUACACCUGUAGAGGAACAGAGAUCAGAGGAUCAUCAGACACCAGUGAUGCAGUUACACUGACAGUAUCAGAUAAACCCAAACCAUCUCUGACUGUUCAGCCUCAGAGUUCUGUGUUCACUGGAGACUCAGUUACUCUGACCUGUGAUGUGAAUCAGUCCACUGGAUGGGAGUUUAUCUUUCUCACACCCUCACAGCAUAGAAACUAUGACGCUUCAGGAACUAAAACAAUCACAGUCUCUACUGGAGGACAGUACCGGUGCAGAGCCAGAAGAGGAAACUAUGAAUCACAUGACAGUGACCCCAUAACAGUGACAGUAGAGAAAAGACCAAAAGCUCAAGUGUCUGUACGGCCUGAUGAACAUGUAUUCAGAGGAGAAACUGUCACUCUCACAUGUGUCAUCAAUGGAGGAGGAGUCACUAGCUGGCAGUACAGAUGGAAUAAAGAUUCAGUCAUACAGCAGAAUAAACAACAGAAAUACACAAUCAGUUCUGUUGUUGAGUCUGACGCAGGUAAAUACACCUGUAGAGGAACAGAGAUCAGAGGAUCAUCAGACACCAGUGAUGCAGUUACACUGACAGUAUCAGGAUCAAAACCAAAAGCUGAACUCAGAUCAGAUACUGAAGGAUCUGUACUGACGGGAAACACAGUGACUCUGAAGUGUCUCAUGAAUCAGUUCACUGGAUGGAAGUUUUACUGGUAUCAACACACACAGAACACUGAGAAGAAGACAACAGAUGAAAACUACUACACAAUUCACACCGUUACAGUUUCAGAUGGAGGUCUGUACUGGUGUAGAGCUGGAAGAGGGAAUCCAGUCUAUUACACAGACUACAGUGAUGUUCUGUGGAUCAAUGUUACAGGUGUUUCUUCUUCAGUGUCUCUGAUCAUCAGACCCAACAGAACUCAACACUUCUCAUCUGAAUCUCUCUCUCUGAGCUGUGAGGAUCACAGGAACUCUACUGGAUGGACAGUGAGAAGAUACACAAACACACUGGAAACUUGUCCAUCAUCAUCAGUCAGAUCUACAGGAACAGAAUCUACAUGUACAAUCACAUCUCUCAUCACAUCUGACACUGGAGUGUACUGGUGUGAGUCUGAAUCUGGACACAAACUUCAUCCUGUUAAUAUCUCAAUACACAAUGGUGAUGUGAUUCUGGACAGUCCUGUUCAUCCUGUGACUGAAGGAGAUUCUCUGACUCUACACUGUUUAUAUCGAGAUAAAAACCCAUCAAACCUCAGAGCUGAAUUCUAUAAAGAUGGAUCAGAGGUGCAGAAUCAGACUACAGGAGACAUGAUGAUCAUCUCUACAGUCUCAAAGUCACAUGAGGGUUUCUACUCCUGUCAACACCCAGAGAGAGGAGCGUCUCCAAAGAGAUGGAUCUCAGUCACAGGAUCUUUUCAGGAGAAAGGUUUCUGUUCUUAAGAUUCUCAGUUCUC